UGGUUGCUAUGGCUGCGGUGGACAGCUUCUCCCUGUUGAUGCAGGAGAUCGGACGGUCCUACCAUUACUGUGUAGAGAUGUUGGCGGUUGUGGGCGCUUUCUACGCAAGCAAGGUGUGCGUCACGGUUUUGAGUGACACCUACGUGCUGAUCAGGGUGCAUUUUGUUCCACGGAUCUUUGGCCGGCCUGACUUAAGCAAGCGAUAUGGAAAAUGGGCUGUGGUCACAGGAGGAACCUCAGGCAUCGGCCUUUCCUACGCCAGAGAGUUGGCCAAUUAUGGAGUCGACCUCAUCAUGAUUAGCCGGAACCGGGAAGAAUUAGAAGCUGCCGCUAAAGAGAUCGUGGAGACUUACAACAUCAGCACCUUGACGGUCGUAACGGAUUUUAGCAAGGGCCGUGAGGCCUAUCCGGUCAUCAAGAAGGCUCUGGAAGGCAAAGAGAUUGGCGUCUUAGUGAACAACGUUGGGGUGCUCAGCCCUCUGCCCGAUUCCUUCACCAGUUUGACAGAGUCUCAGGUUUGGGAGUUCAUCAAUGUAAAUAUUGGAGCUGCCAACAUGAUGGCACACUUGGUGUUGCCGGGCAUGGUGCAGAGGAAGAAGGGGGCCAUUGUCAACGUUUCUUCUCUCAGCUGCUGCAAUCCCUGUCCCCGGUACACAGCGUAUUCGGCCUCCAAGACUUACCUGGAUCACUUCAGCAGAUCACUUCACUAUGAAUAUGCCUCCCAGGGCAUUUUCAUUCAGAGCUUAAUUCCGUUCUUCGUUUGCACCAACGUGACAACGCUAAGUAGCACCCUCUCCAAAAUGAGCUUUUUUGUGCCUUCGCCUGAUGAGUAUGUCCGUCACGCAGUCACCACCCUCGGUGUCUCCCGAAGAACGACAGGAUACUGGCCACAUACGCUCCUGAUGAUUUUAGCAAGGUUUGUCCCUGAAUGGUUCUGGGCUUGGCUGGUACCCAGAAUAAAAUACUGCCAGAAGUCACUUUGAAAAAAAUGUCUGUGAAGAUCUUGCCUUGAGCACCAAUAACAUCUUGAAGUUUAGACUGACUGUAGCUACAAAAUCCUGACUUCUUCACACGGAUUCUUUUCUGCUUGCAUUAUUUGUUUGAAAUCAUGUAUUUGAGACUUGAAGGAAGUUUAGCUUGGACGUAGCUGAAAGAAGACACUUGAAACAAACUUUUAGUAAGCUGGCAUAAUAUUCUCCAGCCUGAGGCAUCACUUAUGUAGAAUUCUUCAUGGUUCCUCAGUAAAAGACGCAAGAAACCUGUCUGGAUGAUGGAGCAAUUGAAUUGUUGAAGAACUUGGGUUCCAGAAGAGCAAAAAGAAAAAAAUAUCUGCCAAUAGGGCAUUGUAGAUCAACUUUCUCCAACACUCAUCAACCCCAAUUGAAUUAUCUCUGAUGGAAGUUUGAUGCAACAUUACCCUUGAAGGUACCCCAAGAUAUAACUGUUCAACAGAGAUGUCCUUCUUCAAAUCAGUGCAGUCUUGUGCUGUAUCAGGAUGUUGUUGAAUGUAUGAUGUCUACAACCAUCCUUCGGAGUGGACAGUGCUGUGAUAGAUGUUAGGAUCUCAACUGACAUGGCUGUCUCAUGGGGAUGUUGGAGAUAGGGUGGCCCAGAGUCCUUGACUUUUCAGCCUCACAACCAAUUUCCCAAACUGCCUUGCUCCAGAGGUAUUAGAUUCCUUCUCUUCUUAUCCUAUGCCAGCCUAGUAAUCCUGCUGGCUGGGAGGGAAGAGAGUGGUCCUCCAGUGUAUCUAAAGUGGGUUAAUUGACCAGUUGUAGGAGGCUCCUGAACAAUUUGACUUGAGCAACAAUUAGGCUUAAUUUCUGUGAAAUAUGGGUCUUCCCCCCAGGCAGGGUGGCUGAUGAACUGCUGGUGGCGUCUUUUGAAUUCAAUGUGAUUUCAGAGGAAUCAGGGCACGGUAAUUUUCAGAUCCUGAGGUAAGACAGGUAACCAAAGUGGAGGGAGCCCCUAACUCCGCUUUUUGUAUCCUUAGAGACUAUCGAACAAGGAUUGGUAAAAACAAACAGCUCUGUUUCCCAACAUUUUGGAGACAGGAGAUACAGGAAUGAAAACUGUAGAGUGAUAUAAAAGUAAAGCAGUUAAUAAGUGCCGUAAACAGGGCUAGCAGCCGUAGACCUGGUUGGUGUACCCUGUUUAGCCCUGAUUUGUGAACCAUGGUUUGGUGAGUAAACCCACUUGCAUGGGAUCACACAGCAUCAAAAGCCAUAAACCAUGGGGGACGAACUCUUUACUUAAUAUUCUAAAACAAAGGCAAAUAUGCCACAUUAUGGGCUGGUUAUUAGACGAACAACUAGCUCUCAAGAUUUUGAGUGAUCUAGCCCUAUGAAUAAAUUCAUACUUCCCCCCCUUUCAACUAGCAAUUUGCUGGCUGUGCAAAGCUAUUUAAAAAGAUAAGUCAGAUGUUACUUAGUACUUUCUACCAUAUAUUAUACCUGGAGUUAUAGUCAUGAUAUCAAACUGAAGUGGAUCAUCUUUUUUUCUUUUAGAGUCUUAGCCACAACGUCAAGUGGCUUGAACUGAUGUGUGUUUGCUCUAGUAAAGGCUUACUCGUAAGGAAA